AUGAUUGCUUCCCUCGGAAAACCGAGGGAAGAGAUUCCAUAUGAAAAUCGCAAGAAUUUGGCUCCUGGUUUGAAAUAUUAUUAUGUUCAUAGACUUUUAGUAAAUGCUUUGUCAAACAUGAACGUAAACACUAUGUCAAACAUGAACGUAAACACUAUGUCAAACAUGAACGUAAACUCUAUGUCAAACAUGAACGUAAAGACUUCAUCGAAACUAAACGUAAACUCUAUGUCAAACAUGAACGUAAACUCUAUGUCAAAACUUCAUCGUAAACACUUUGUUAAAACUUCAUCGAAACUAAACGUAAACACUUUGUCAAACAUGAACGUAAACACUAUGUCAAACAUGAACGUAAACUCUAUGUCAAACAUGAACGUAAAGACUUCAUCGAAACUAAACGUAAACACUUUGUCAAACAUGAACGUAAACUCUAUGUCAAACAUGAACGUAAAUGUUUUGUCAAGACUUCUUCGUAUAUGUUUUGUCAUGACUUCAUCGUAA